AUGGAUAGUAGUUUUGGAUUAGAUAAUGAAGUUGCUUUGAGCGACGAUGAGACCGUGACAGUUCAGCAGGUAUUGGAGACACUGGAGAAUGCAUGGUUGAAUGAAAAAUUCAGUCCAGAACUACUACCCCACCAGACAGACAUUGUUGAUUGCAUGUUCGAACAAAUAAGUGGAAUGGAAGAAAACCUUGAAAAGGUAGAUCAGAGUGAUAUACGCGUGGAAAUACACAGAAUGGAACUAGACCGCAUAAGAUAUGUACUUAGUAGUUUCUUGAGGACAAGGUUGGAAAAAAUUGAGGAAUUCUGUACUCAUAUUAUUGAAGAAGACUCAACAAGAGAUCCCGAUGAAAGAUAUUUAUCUCCUGGAGAGAAGAAAUUUGCUGAAGAAUUUCAAAAUAAUAUUGAGCAGCAUUUUGAGAGAGUUGCUUUGCGCCAUAUGCCCUUAAAUGUACAAAAAUAUGACAGGCAGCUAAUGAAAGUCGAACCUAAUCUGAAAAGUUAUGUAUUUCUUCGAGCUCGUUCCACUGCAGAAGGCCUAAUGCUAGAAGGUAUGGAUGACACUGAUGAACCUUUGACGAUGGUAAAAGACUCUCAACAUAUGGCUCUGUACAGUGGAGUUGCUACUCUAGUUAAAAAUGGGACAUUACAGCUUAUUUGA